GUCAGUAUCUUCGAUCCAUUGCACAUUUGGUACGCAGACACAGAACGUUACACACAAUUGUGAGAACUUGCAGCUCAAGUUUCAGCACUCCAGAACAUAGAACUAGAAUUCUAUUCAUUGCUCCAGACUGCUAAACUCUCAGCACAAUUGCAUUGUUUUCAUUCAAAUAGAAAUUUGAACUAAACCAGGAUUGACAUCUUAAGGGUUGACAUUUUAAUUCUUAAGCAACUCUAUUGAACUGGUUUAUUCGGUCGGAGGACCUAACUGAGAACGCUAAAAUGGAUUCUAGAAGUGAACUUUCAAAGACGGACAAAAUGUUUACUGCUGAAAAUAUGGAUGACAUUGUAACGCUAUUUCAUGAGGCGGAUGCUGAUGGAGGUGGAGGAUUGGACAUUGAAGAAUUCUGUGAAGGACUGAAGCAGUUAUUCCCUACUAUGGAUGAAGAAGAUCUCAUUGCCCUCCACAUGAAGAUUGACACAAAUGGAGAUGGAAGUGUGGACCUCGGGGAGUUAACAGACUACCUGGUGAACAAAAACAAGGCAUCACAAAAUAUGGCUUUUAAAAAUCAAAUCUUUCCCAAACCUAUCGAAAUGAUAUCGGUGGAUCACCAUAAAGCGAUUGUUCGUCUGAUUCACCGUCCCUUCGAGAAUGACAGGAAACCUGAUCAUGGUUCAGAGGUUUUAUUAGGACAAACCAGCACUUACCAAAAAGGUCAAUACCUCUCCAUCAGCUCGAAUGGUAUCCUCAACUUCUGGCCUGACAGCUUUGACACCCCAUACCCGGUUCAGUUAUACAAAAAGGAAAACACACUUCCUUUUUCACACAACAAGAAAAUGCACGUUACUGACAUGGUCUACAUCAGUGAACUCAAACAACUGGCUAUCUCCACUUCUGACAGGGAACUAAUAUUCUAUCGCUGCAAUGAAUUCCCUAAGUUGUUUUCAACCAGCCACUCUUUAAUAGUAGAGGACAACAUAGUGAAUACCAUGAACUACUGGUCCAAAGGCACUAAAGCAGUGUUUUCCUUUGGCGAUGUAAAAGGUUUUUUGUCUGUGUUUGUCUCCUACAACAUAUGUGAAAACGGCCUCUUCUUCAACGGUGCAUAUGAGAAAAUCUCUCUGCGGGAUUAUCCAACUGUUUAUGUUUCAACCCUGUUAAAAAACCCCUCUAAAGACUUUCUAUGUGUGAAGGUCAACAUCUUUAAUGACAUUUGCAGUCAGAUCCAAUAUUUUCCAUCACUUAGGUCGUUUGCUAUCUGCGGUAGUUCAUCCAAGACAAUGGUCCUUGCUUCUCUACCCAAGACAUCCACAACCAAAAUGUCUACAACAGUCUUUAAGAGCAGAGGACAUGUGGACUUCUUCACCUGUGUAGAAUACUCCACUUCCUCUGGGUAUCUGCUGACCGGUGGGACGGAUGCCCUACUGAGGACAUGGUUUCCCCACAAAACAGUGUCAUGCGUCCAGGAAUUAAAGGGACAUGCCAAACCCAUCACCCAUAUAAUGUUAAAUCCCAAGGAAAAAGUUUUUGUUAGUUUAUCGCUGGACCACCAUAUAUGUGUUUGGUCAGAGGAUGCACUGAUCUGUUUGCAAAGCUUCAAGAUAAAAGAAAUGAUGCAGAGUCCUAUCUCCAGUGUGUGUUACAACACACACAACAAUGAGUUAGUCCUAGCUAACACAGAUAUUGGCAAAUAUCUUGGAAGAGGAACUGAUGUGUUUAAAAAUGCAUUAACAUCGCAUGACAAGCCCCUGUGCUGUGCUCUCUAUCACAACAUUUUCAAACAGGUUGUCUCUGUUUGCCAAAAUGGCGUGGUGACAGUGUGGGAUAUCUUAACAGGAACGGCCGCCAUGCAGUUCAAGGUGACUCCAGAUCAGUACGUGGGGCAUGUUGCUAUUUCAUUUGAUGGACUAAAGCGCAGACUGAUCACAAUUUCCCAGGAUGGAAAAGUUAAAAUUUGGAACUUCAACAACGGAACAGAGCUUGCCAUUCUUCCUGUUACCGUACAAAGGGAGGUGACAGGUAUCGUCUGUGUAGACAAUAGGGUGUUUGUGUCGGGAAUGAACUCCAAGAUCAUUUAUGACCUGGACAUACACGGAUAUGACAACAGAUUUUUGAAGCAUGAUUAUUUAGAUGACAUUUGCUCAAUGGAUGUCCAUGAAAACACACUGGUUACUGCCUCCAGCAAUGGAAAUAUUGUCAUCUGGGAGGCCGCCAGUGGCGAAGUUCUCUACUGGCUCAAUGGCAGCAACACCCCUCGAACAAACAUGGCAGACAAAACCACUCAGGGCCAGACAGGGAGUCUGCUUGGUCACAAGAGUCCAAAGCAUGUCAGAGGCACUGGGAAAAGACCUCUAAAUAGUAAAUCCCUGAAUGGGAACAACACUGCUGUGAUUAACACACCUCUUAUCAUAUGUCUGAAGACCAGGGAGGUUAAAGUUCACACAGCCACACUGCUGACGUCUUCAGAUGGCAACAUAUAUGCCUGGUCUGUUAUUAGCAAGGGAGGAUUGAUUGGAAAGUUCAGAGCAGUGAAGGAUGAAGGAGCAGUCAUUACCACCAUGUCAACUGAUCCCAAUGACCAGAUAUUACUGACCGGGGAUAGUACCGGAAAGAUUUAUCAGUGGGACAUUCAGGCUUUUGGGUUUAAAAAACAGGCAAACAACGAGCCAUUUGAGGAUAUAAAUGGGUGGUGCGUGUCAUUGUGUCCACCUCCUCUGUUGCACUCCUGGCAAUCUCACAUCACAGGGGUGGUGAGUGUUCACUGUAACCCAACUUGUGAAAAGUUAAUUACCGCAGGGAACUGCAAUGUCUGUCUGUGGGAAAACACAGGAACCUACAUAGGCCUCUUUGGGAAAGACCAAUGGGGUGCUUCACAAAUCAGCCUUGAGGAGAAUGCUGAACAGGAGGAGACCGGCAGACCAAGCACAACGAAGACCAGCAACUUUCCAUUGGCACGUCCUGUCUUUCCAACAAAAUCAAAGUCAGAAGAACUGACAGACAGCAUUAAAAGCCUCUGUGACAGAAUAGACAAGGUAGUCAGCCCUAAGAAGCCUGGAGCCAAAUUAACAGAGGAUCUACUUGAUCGUGUAAAUAGACGGAUGAUGAAGAUUCAGUCAGGACUUGACUUAAUAAAAAGUGAGGCUCAAUUACAAUUAGAGUUUAAAGAAACUCACAAACCCCUGGAAAAUCUGUAUUUUAGUGAGGUCAACAAGGGGUCUAAAACUACAUCAACACCAUGUCCACCAAACACCAGGCCAACUACAGGUUGCACUAAUGACACCAUCAGCUUAGCAAACAUGCAGCAAUCUGAUGGUGCCGUCAAGCAGGGGACUGAACCCACUUCAAAACAAGUACAUUUGCAGCUCACACAAAGUCAAUUCAAGCCACACCCGCCCCUCAUCAGAGGUGGAUCUGCUCAUGACCAACUCUCUUACCGGACUGCAUAUUUGGACCAGACUAUGUCCAAAUAUGGGCGUGUGCUCAAGCUUCAGCAGAGAAACACAUUACAAGGCAGUGUCCUGACACCAGUUCCACCAAACACCCUGCCAGGCAUGGAGGGGUCUCAGCAAAAACCGGACCAUGUACACUUGCCACCCAUCAAGGAUAAGGUGCAUCGCCCACAUCAUCAGACCCGUUCAAAAUUUCAGCAGAGAGACACCUUAAAAGGCGGUGUCCUCACACCAGUUCCACCAAACACCCUGCCAGCUAUGAAGACCUCGCCACACAUGCAGCUGGACCCCUCUAGGUCCAAAUAUGGGCGUGUGCUCAAGACUCAGAAGAGAGACACAUUACAAGGCAGUGUCUUCACUCAAGUUCCACUAAACACCCUGUCAGGUACAAAGGGGUCUUGGCAAACACCGGACCAUGUACACUUGCCACCCAUCCUUGAUAAGGUGCAGAGCUCACAUCCUCAGACCCAGAUUCAGCAGAGAGACACAUUCAAAGGCGGUGUCCUCACACCAGUUCCACCAAACACCCUGCCAGCUAUGAAGACCUCGUCACACAUGCAGCUGGACCAGACUAGGUCCAAAUAUGGGCGUGUGCUCAAGCUUCAGCAGAAAGACACAUUACAAGGCAGUGUCCUGACACCAGUUCCACCAAACACCCUGCCAGCUAUGAAGACCUCGCCACACAUGCAGCUGGACCAGACUAGGUCCAAAUAUGGGCGUGUGCUCAAGACUCAGGAGAGAGACACAUUAAAGGGCAGUGUCUUCACUCAAGUUCCACCAAACACCCUUUCAGCCAUGGAGGGGUCUCAGCAAACACCGGACCAUGUACACAUGCCACCCAUCGAUGAUAAGGUGCAUUGCCCACAUCAUCAGACCCGUUCAAAGUUUCAGCAGAGAGACACGUUAAAAGGCAGCUUCCUUCCACUGUGUCAACCAAACACACUACCAGCUUUGAAGACCUUACCACACAUUCAGCUCUCGGCUAGUACAGUCAAGCACGGGUAUAAAAUCACAUCAAAGUAUGUACCUUUACCACCCAUCUCUGAUAAGCUCACCACAGACUGCACUAACGCUACAAGGAGCUCAUCAAGAUUACUCAGGAGAGGCAUUAAAAGGUGAGGUUCUCUCACUAUUUCCGACAACCACAACAACCAUUUCCAAUCACUGGCAGCAUGAAGGGUGAUUGUGUGGGUUUAGUCCAGGUGAUCUGGUUUCCUUAAACAAUUGUGUGAGUUCAUUCCAGGUGAUCUGGUUUCCUCAAACAAUUGUAUAGGUUUUCUCCGGGUGAACCGGUUACUCCCACAAUUAAAAUAAAUAAAUAAA